AUGCCACACACGAGCCACCAUCGCUCCAGCACGUCGCUAGUAGGCAUGCGGCGGCAAAGCACCCAGUACAAUCUGGAAGUGUCCGAGCUCAGUCUACUGAAGGAGGAAACGCACACGGCGGACCAUUUCCUAAGCCCGGCGCAACUGGAGGUCGUAUACCGGACAGACAUAAAGAACGGUCUCACUGAGAACCUAGCCACAGAGCUCCUGGAGCACUACGGCCCCAACGAACUGAAGGAAUUGAAGGGCACGAGCUACUGGAAGAUAUUCCGUCACAACCUCUUCGGUUGGUUCCAGUGCGUGCUCUGGUGCGGGGCUAUACUGAACUUUAUCGGUUACUUUUUCUCCGGUGCCGUAGAAUCGAACAAAGGCGGCGGUCACAGCAACAACGAGUACCUGUACCUGGGCUGCGUGAUAGUGGCAACCGUUGUUGGCACCGGCCUGUUCGGCUUCUACCAGGAGGCGAAGAACAUGGCGGUGAUGAGCGGCUUCGAGGAGAUGGUACCGCCCGACGCGGUCGUGAUACGCGACGGAACGAAGAAGAAGAUACCGAACCGCGACAUAGUGGUCGGCGACAUAGUCGAGAUGUCGGGCGGCGAGAUCGUCCCCGCCGACGUUAGGAUCUUGAACUGCACAAAUUUCAAGACGGACAUGGCUUCCUUGACCGGCGAGUCGAAGCCGAUCAAGCAUACGCCGGAAUGCACGAACAAAAACCCAUUGGAGUCGAAAAACAUGGCAUACUUCAGUUGCCCGAUCGUUGAAGGUUCCGCCAAGGGCGUCGUGGUGGCCACCGGUGAGAUGACGCAGAUAGGGAAGAUCGCCGGUCUAGUGACUGGACUGGAAAAGGACGAGACGCCAAUUGCAAAGGAAAUCACACAUUUUAUAAAACUCGUGUGCGGUGUCGCCUUCGCAUUAGGGCUGAUAUUUUUUCUUAUGGUUUAUUUCGUGGAGCGCAAGUGGCUUACGGCCCUACAGUAUAUGCUUGGAAUAAUUUUGGCGAACGUGCCUGAAGGUCUAAUAGUCACUUUGACCGUCUGUAUGACGCUGUCGGCAAAACAGUUAAAGAAGAAGAAUUGCCUCGCAAAAACUUUGCAAGCAGUCGAGACAUUGGGCUCGACCUCAUGCAUUUGUUCGGACAAAACGGGCACUUUGACCGAGAAUCGAAUGAGCGUAGCGCAUUUAUUCUGCAAUUUCACUAUUUACGAUAAGGACGAUCAUACGCACGUUUCCGACGUGCCGUACUCCGAGCUAAGCUUGGCCGCGUCGCUUAACCUAAAAGCAGUUUUCUCCCACGACACGAUGGGUCAGCCGAUCGAAAAGAGGAAGAUAUUGGGCGACGCUUCGGAGUCGGCGAUACUGAGGUACAUGGAGCUCAACAGGUCAGCCACUCAAACUCGCGAUUUGAACCCGAAAGAAGCGGAAAUACCUUUCAGCUCGGAAUAUAAGUACCAGGUUACAAUACAUCGGAUGCAUAAUACUCAAAGCUACUACUUAAUCAUGAAAGGAGCGCCCGAGAUUGUUGUCGAGUUUUGCAAAAAUGUGUUAACUGACAAUGGACUCACCCCUCUCACGGCACAGCUAAAAAAAGAGUUGAAAGCUAAUUUUAUGAAACUCGCUAACAUGGGCGAGCGCGUUAUAGGAUAUUGUGAUUACAAAUUACCGGUGGAAGUUUAUCCGAUCGGUUACAAGUUCGACACUCAAGACCGAAAUUUUCCGCUGGAGGGCUUGACCUUUGUCGGGGCGAUAUCCAUGAUAGAUCCGCCUCGGAAGGACAUCGACAAGUCAAUCGCUCUGUGCAAGCAGGCGGGCAUCAGGGUUAUGAUGGUGACGGGCGACCACCCCGUCACCGCGUUAGCUAUAUCGCGCCAGUGCGGCACGAUCACCCAGGCCACUGCUUUCGACUACGCGUUCGAGCACCACAUCGAACUGGCCGACGUGCCGACACACAUCAGGAAUCAGUUCAAAGCGGCCAUCAUCACCGGUGACGAGCUCCGCACGAUGAGCGUAAACGACUUGAAGGCGGCGGAGAACAAGUACGACGAGAUCACGUUCGCAAGGACCAGCCCGCAGCAGAAGCUCUUCAUAGUGGAAACGCUUCAGUCCUUGAAGCACGUCGUGGCAGUCACUGGUGACGGGGUCAAUGACUCCCCGGCGCUGAAGAAAGCCGACAUUGGUAUAGCUAUGGGCAUCACGGGCACAGAGGUGUCCAAGCAAGCCGCUGACAUGAUCCUAUUGGACGACAACUUCGCGUCCAUAGUGUUGGGCAUAGAGGAGGGCAGGCGCAUCUUCGAUAAUUUAAAGAAAACGAUCGCGUACACCCUCACGUCGAACACACCGGAGAUGUUACCUUUCGUGCUGUACGCGAUCCUGGGUAUGCCGCUCCCGAUCAGCCUCAUACUGAUUCUGGUCAUCAACGUCGGCACCGACCUGCUGCCCGCAAUGAGCUUGGCCUACGAGACACUCCGAGGAGGAUAUCAUAUCGGUUUGAUCCAGUUCUUCGCCGGGAUGUACGCCUACUUCACGGUGUUCGCGUCGAGCGGUUUCUUCCCUUCCAGCUUGAUAUUCGUACGCGACGACUGGGAGUCCACGUCCACGGUCGUCCACGACACGCUCGGCCGCUCUUGGUACUAUUUCGACCGGAAACGCGUUGAGAAGACAGCGCAGACAGCCUACUUCGUCGCGGUGUGCUGGACUCAGGUGUCGGACGUGAUCAUCUGCAAGACGAGGCGCAUCUCGCUGAUCAAGAAGGGCAUGAAGAAUCACGUUCUGAACAUGAGCAUCUUCGUGGACUUGUUGGCCGCCCUGUUCGUGACAUAUUUUCCACUGUGCCACGAAAUCUUCAAUACGGAGCCGCUGCCCUGGCAGUGCUUCUUCUUGGCGGUACCUUUCAUGGUGCUGAUGAUAGUUGGUGAUGAGAUAAGGCGUUACAUCAUCAGAAACAAUAUAUCCAAAUGGGUGGAGGAAGAGACAUACUAC